CUCGGACACUCUCGGACUCGCGCUGCUCGCAAGCCGAAAUCCCCAGCGCGAUGGUAUCCGCAUGAAUGCGCGAGGGCAGGCGAUGAUUGCGCUGCCCCUCCUUCUGCUGCCCAUCUAUGCGUGGGCAGCGCCGAACCUUAUCUAUUUGGACGACCUCGACCAGGCGCUCGGCAGCUCGCCGCUCCAACUCCCGGCCCGGGCGCCGGGCGUGAUAGAUCCGGAUGGCGUGAUGCCCAGUGCUUCCGCCGAGUUUGCCGCGCGCCGGGCCCAGGUCGUCGCCGCCACGAAACGAAGCUUCGAGCACUACAAGCGCCACGCCUGGGGCUCCGACGAGUUGCGGCCCGUGUCCAACGCGACGCACAACUGGACGCAACCAGCCCUCGGAGUCACGCUCAUCGACGCCAUGUCGACGCUCUGGGUGCUGGGGCUCCGCGACGAGUUCGCAGAGGCGGCCGAUCACGUCGCCGAGUCCUUUGAUCCCUUUGAAAUCGCGGGCGGCAAGUUCGUGGACGUCUUUGAGACCACCAUACGCGUGCUGGGCGGGCUGGUGAGCGCCUACUCUUUAUCAGGCGACGAGCGCUUACUCGACGCCGCCGAGACCUUCGCCGAUGCUCUAGCUCCAGCUCUCUCGGCGUCUCCAUCGGGAAUCCCGUUCCGGGGCCUCGCUUCUCUCCGGGACGGGAUUGUAUCACCCGCAACCGGUGCGACCUGCGGGACGGCGCCCGCCGGCACGCUGCUGCUCGAGUUCCGGGCCGUGGCGCGCCUGGCGGGCCGACCCGACCUGGAGGAACUAGCGAUGCGCUCCUGGCAAGCGCUCGGAAAGGCCACCGGACGCGUCAAGGGCCUCGCGCCUUCGAAGCUCAAGAUGACCUCGAGCGGCUGCGCCGCGCAGUUCGUGUUCGGGGACCAGGCGAAGCUCACCGUCGGUUCGGGUGUCGACUCGUACUACGAGUACCUGCUCAAGGGCUGGCUCCAGGAGGGCGGGAGCGGCAGACCGCCGAGAACGUGGAGCGAUGCCGUGGACGCAGUGGAUGCAAAUUUAAUAAAUGUGCGCGGCCCGACGACGUUCAUGGCCGACAUCGAGAAGAACGAGACGCUCGGGAAUCGGGCCACGCAUUUAGCUUGUUUUUGGCCGGGCUUGCGAGCGCUGGAGGCGCUCGCGGAUCCUCGGGUCGCGUCGUCGGUCCUGCCCCUCGCGGAGAAGCUGCUAGACGCCUGCGUCGCGGCCUACGACGCGACGCCGACGAACCUGGCCCCGGAGGCCUGGCACGUGAACGACGACGGCUCCGUCAAGCUCGGCCCGUCGCGGCACCUCCUUCGGCCCGAGACCGUCGAGAGCUUAUUUUGGAUGUACCGGGCCACGCGCAAGCAAAAAUGGGUCACCGCCGCGGCGCGGAUCUGGGACGCUCUACAAAGGCACGCGGCCAUCGACGGCGGCGGCUUUGCUGCGCUUGGCCAGAUCCACAAGCAGACGCCGGCGCGCGUGGACAAGAUGGACUCGUGGUUUCUCUCGGAGACGCUCAAAUAUUUCUACCUGAUUUUUGAUGAUGCGGACGGCGGCGACGAGCUCCUGCCUUUGGCGGAGUGGGUGCUGACGACCGAGGCCCACCCGGUCCCGCGCUUCGGCGGGCCGCGAGAUCGCGUCGGCACCACCAGGCAGCAGAAGACAUGGUCCAUCGACGUGCCGUCAAUUGGUACGAUGCGGCCGCUGCCGAACGAGACGGCCGCGGACAGCGUCGAGCGCUUCGCGCAGGCCGCUGACCGCGCUGGGCAUGAAGUUUCCGACGACGCGGUCCGGGCGUGGUACCAGGCAGCUAUCGACGCCGGCGCAGUCGCGGCGCGGCCGCUUGGCGAGCAGUUGAGCUUUACCGUCGACAUCGAGAGCAACGAGGACGGGCUCGCGAUCACCGUCAAGGUGCCCAUCUACCGGAGCGCGCGCCUGGCGGCGGCGCACGCCGCGCGCGAGGCGGCCAAGCACGGCGUGGCUACGCCAAACGCGCUGUAUCGCACGCUCGUGGCCAAUAUCUGCGAAAGGAGGCGGUGCUCCGCAGAGGAGGCGCGGCCCGGCCCACGGCAGACGCUCGCUCUCCUGCCAGCCGGCGUCGCGACGAUGGAGCCAUGGGAGUGGCCGCCGGCGGCCGUCGCUGCCGUGGCGCGCGACAUACGGGCGACGACGGGCCGAAUCGUGGACGACAACUCGUUCUAUGAAUCCAUAAAGUGGUUCUGCGACCAGCGCCCGGAAGGCUGCCGCGGGGCGAAACUCCAGAAGGACGGGUGGUCGUCGCGGCUCGACUACGACGGCGAGAAAUUCUCCGUGUCGCCGUGGGACUGGCCGCGGAGCGUCGGCGUCGACGUCGCCGACGAGCUCCACGCCGGGGCGACGCGGGACUACCGGCGGGCGCGGGCAGAAGACAUCGCCACGCUACUCUGCCGAGGCAACACGAGCUGUGCGGCGUUGCCGGGGCAGAGCGUCGUCCUGGAACUGACGCCGGGGUCCACCUACACGUGCCGACCUGUGUGGAAAUCAACCAGUGCGUCGGGUACACCCGACAAUUCUUCACUAAGUCAUUUCUCGGCAAUGACGCGGCCGUCCUGGCCCGGUCGAGCGGCGAGGAACCGGCAUCGCCACGCCAUCGAGCAGGCGUCGCGUCGAUGGCGUGGAGGACGACGCGUUGAUUCAGCACGAACGCGCCGUAAAAUUUGAUCCACACAGGUGCCGGCCGCGCGAGGAGCCCGCCGGUUGCGUGGCGCGCGCGGCCGCCCGCGCAGCGAAGGUCGGAAACGGGAUCGUGACCAGGGAUGAUCUGCGGGCCGCGGCGAGACGCGCGUUGCGGAGCUUAUGCGCGGUCCGGCUCUGCACGCAGGCGCUGCCCGAGCCGGCGAGGGUGGCCGGCGUACUUCUCGAGCCGUGGGACGACGUCGACGAGUGGGCGGCGCACUUUCCCCCGGGUGCGGCGGCCGAGCGGCGUCGCGACGCGUGCGCGAAGCAUCGCUACUGGUGCGGCGACCAGACCUGGAGCGCCCCGGAGAGCAGCGACCUGGACGCCGUGCCGCCCGUUACCGGGCGCUUCGUCUGGCUACUCCACAUCCACAAGGCCGCCGGGACUUCGUUCUGUUCUCUCGCACUGCGAAAUGGGCUUCGGCUGGCGCCGCACGAGCCGGAGACGCACGGGCACCUGGAGUUGGGGGCGGAGAGACUGGACCUGGCGUCCGCGGACGGCUGUGUGGAAAUCAACCAGUGCGUCGGGUACACCCGACAAUUCUUCACUAAGUCAUUUCUCGGCAAUGACGCGGCCGUCCUGGCUCGGUCGAGCGGCGAGGAACCGGCAUCGCCACGCCAUCGAGCAGGCGUCGCGUCGAUGGCGUGAAGGACGACGCGACGAUUCAGCACGAACGCGCCGUAAAAUUUGAUUUCCACACAGGCGGACGGCGUGUUGGGGGGCCUGCGCCGGUUGCAGGCGCGCGGCAUCGGCUUCGGCUCGACCGAGCACAAGUUCCUCGCGCCGCCCGUGCUCGAGGCGGUCGCCGCCGCGCGCGGCGUGGCGUUUGUCGUCAUAGUCCGCGACCCCGUCAACUGCACGCUCAGCUCGUACCGCUUCCACGGCGGCGGUGGAGGUAGGUGCGACGGCGGCCCGUGCGCGGACGUAAUCGCCUUCGGCGAGGCCGAGGCCGACCUGACGGCGCGCAUGCUGCUGGGGGGCGAGUUUGGGCCGAUAGCGCUGCGCCAGGCGCCUCGACGGCUCCGCGCGGACGCAGCGGCCGUACGAGACGCUCCGGACGAGACGCUCCGGGCUGCGCUCGUCGCGCUCCAACGCUUCGACCUCGUGCUGGUCUUCGAGCGCCUUGGUGACGCGGCGACGGCGGACCUCGUAACGGCGACGCUCGGCUGGAGCGACGGCGCGAUCGAGCGAGUGCUCCCGGUUGGAGCGAGGCCGAGUCCGACACCUGUCCCAGCGUCGCAGCGCGAAGCACUGGAGACGAUGAACGCGAUCGACCGCCGCGUCCACGCCGCGGCGAUCCGGCGCUUCGACGCCGACGUCCAGCGCCUCCGCGCGCGCACGAGCUGAAAUUUGUGACUUGCCCGAUCGAUCGACCGCGCGGCUCCGUUCCGCGCAUGAACUCUCAAAGGAUGCUCCUUAACAAUUGAGUCUAACUUACACUACUA